GAUCCGGCCGCGCCCCUCGCGCGCCCCUCGUUUGCCCCACUUCCGGCCCGAUCCGGUCCGAUCCGCCCGGGGGAGGCCCAGGGGCCCCUGUGAGGAGAACCAGGCCCAGGCCCAGGCCCAAGAUGUCGCAGACGGCCAUGUCCGAGACCUACGAUUUUCUGUUUAAGUUCUUGGUCAUUGGAAACGCAGGAACCGGCAAGUCCUGUUUGCUUCAUCAGUUUAUCGAGAAGAAAUUUAAAGACGACUCCAAUCACACCAUAGGAGUGGAGUUCGGAUCCAAAAUAAUUAAUGUCGGUGGAAAAUACGUCAAAUUACAGAUAUGGGAUACAGCAGGACAAGAAAGGUUCAGGUCUGUGACAAGAAGUUACUACAGAGGGGCCGCGGGGGCCCUCCUCGUCUACGACAUCACCAGCCGAGAAACCUACAACGCGCUAACCAACUGGCUCACGGACGCCAGGAUGCUAGCGAGUCAAAAUAUCGUCAUCAUACUGUGCGGCAACAAGAAGGACCUGGAUGCAGAUCGGGAAGUUACUUUCUUGGAAGCUUCCAGGUUCGCUCAGGAAAACGAGCUCAUGUUCUUGGAAACCAGUGCGCUGACGGGGGAAAACGUUGAAGAAGCCUUCGUUCAGUGUGCAAGAAAAAUACUCAAUAAAAUUGAGUCAGGGGAGCUGGAUCCAGAACGAAUGGGCUCCGGGAUUCAGUACGGAGAUGCUGCCCUGCGACAGCUCAGGUCCCCGCGUCGAGCACAGGCCCAGAGCGUUCAGGACUGUGGCUGCUAGAGGCGCCGGCUCCACGGAAACCCGAGCCGGACGCCCACCCGGGACAGGCCGGCGGCCCUGCGGGUUUGCCAUCACCUCUCCACUGCCGUGACCAGACUCAGCCGUGGCUGGCAAAGCUGAGGGGCCUCCCCCGGCUGGGCAGACCGAGCUCACCCGCCGGACGCCGCCGAAAGACGAGACUCAUGUAUGUACAAACCUCCCAUCCCGUGUCUUCCCCCUCCCCUCGCCUUUCAGACGCUGCUGCGUCCUGUACCUGUAGCGCAGCACCCAGCGUCAGGGGCCAGCGCAUGAUACCUGAUGGACGGAAAGAGAAUGUUGCACUAAAUGCAGUUUAAUAUUUUAUUUUUUUUAAUCCUAUGGACUAAAACUUGUUGAUCGUGAAGUGGGCUCAGUCCUUCCCCUCUGUGUGUUCAUUGCCCGCGGGGCGCUCGUUCCGAGCGGCCGGUAAAGCCGACGGCCCGCGGCCCCGUCCCCUCCCCACCCCGGCCACCCCCCCGCCGCGCGUCUCUGGGUGUGUCGAGCCGGGCCGGGCCCGGCCCUGUGCUGAAGCCUCAGCGAUGGAGUCGGUGAUUAAUGUGGGAAAAAUAAAGUGGAAAAUGAUUUUU